UUUAAAUAUUAUUUAAACAUCAAAUACGACCAUUUUAUAAGAAAUAAUUUGCACACCUACAAAUAACGAUGAGCUAUCGUUUAAUUUCAUGGGGUGCCAAUUCUCAUGGUCAACUUGGACAGGGUAUUCAUUCGGAGGAAUGUCUUUUACCCCAAGAAGUUGAUUUGUCCAGAUGUUCGUUAGAACCUCGAAGAAUACGUAAAAUAGUUGGCGGUGCUGGUCACUCCCUAAUUUUAGACGAUUACGGUAACGUUUAUUCCUGCGGCUGGAACAAUAAAGGUCAAGCAGGUUUUUCUACCCAGCAAGAUGUUCUUUCGUUUCGAAAACUAGGUAAUAAACUUGAAGGUAAGGUUGUCGUGGACAUCGCAUGUGGCUGGGAUUGCUCCGCGGCAUUGACAAUAGAAGGCACCUUAUUUCUGUGGGGGUCGAAUUGUUUCGGACAAUUGGGGGAACACCUGAGUAAUCUUCGUUGGACGCACGAACCUUUUGAACUUCUAAUCGAUCGAAAAGUUAAAGGGAUUUCCUUUGGCCUAAGGCACACUGCUCUAAUAACAGAGGAUCAUAAAGUUCUGGUAGCGGGUGCAGGUAAUAGAGGACAAUUGGGUCUAAGUCGGUCGAGGAACGAACCGCUUUUAAAUGCCGCAUACACUUUCACAGAAGUUCCAACUCUGACAAAUGUGCACAGUGUUAACUGUGGUCAACGUCAUACUAUUGUAGUAGAGGAAAACGGGGAUCUUUAUGGUUUCGGUGACAAUAAACAUGGACAAUUAGGCUUAAAUACUGAUAUACUCUCAAAUACAUCCUUUCCAAUAAAACUAUUAGACGUUCCGUUUAAAUCACCGGCUGAGAUCCAAUGUGGCUGGUCGCAUACGGUUGCAUUAAGUGAUGGUCAAAUUUUUUCAUGGGGUAGAAAUACGUAUGGACAAUUAGGUGUUAAAGAAUUUGAAGGAUCAUCGACUUGGAAGGUUAUGUGGCGCGAAAACGAGUCGAAAAUUCGUCAGAUUUCUGUCGGUUCAGAACAUAACGUUGCUUUAACAGAGAACGAUAGGAUUGUGUGUUGGGGUUGGAACGAGCAUGGAAACUGCGGAAACGGUCAUACGAGAGACGUUAAAUUUCCGGGAGAGCUUUCACUUCCGUUUGAUUACGCGGGAAUUUGUAUCGGUAGCGGUGCAGGUCAUUCGUUUGCUGUAAUAAAGAAGCUAUAAAUUUUAUUGACGAAACACUAA